AACUGGAUCUUUUAAACAAACUGUUCAAAAGAGUCGAUUCACAGAAAUGAGCCAGACUCGUGUGAGUGAGGAACACAAUCGACAUCAUCCAAAGGCGACUAAAAGGUGGCGUGAUUCAUACGCGACGGUUCUUGCGCAUGUCUACUGUUGAAACCUUGGUUUAAACAAAGAUCAAUAGCUCAAUCUUUUAAAACCCUUUGACAUUUGUACGACCAUCCUUGAUACACAGACGGAGCGUCACUGCCUGCCCAAGAGGGCCUUGCAUUCAACAUGUAUCACAACAGCUCUCAGAAGAAAUUCUGGACUUAUGAUAAAGAGGAAACCCUAGAUAAAUUAAGACUUGAAGCUAAUCGGAAGUUUUGUUUAAAAGGCAUGUCCAGUGGUAAGCCUGGAAUAAAUGAAUCCAUGUUUCUUGAUGAUCAAGAAGAGAAAGUGCUUUUCAGACACUAUGAAAAGAGAUUGCUAGACUUCUGCGCUAUGUUCAAGCCUGCGAUGCCUAAAUCUGUUGUGGGCACAGCUUGUAUGUAUUUUCGAAGAUUCUAUUUGAACAACUCUUUAAUGGAGUAUCACCCUCGGACGAUAAUGUUGACAUGCGCAUAUCUCUCCUGUAAAGUGGAUGAGUUUAAUGUGUCCAGCACUCAGUUUGUGGGGAACCUUCAGGAGAGCCCUGCAGGACAGGAGAGGGCUCUAGAACAGAUUCUGGAGUACGAGCUGCUUCUCAUCCAGCAGCUCAAUUUUCACCUGGUUGUUCACAAUCCUUAUCGGCCCUUGGAGGGCUUUCUGAUUGACCUGAAGACCAGAUACCCAUUGUUAGAAAACCCAGAGAUGCUGAGAAAGAGUGCAGAAGACUUUCUCAACAGAGCAGCAAUGACGGAUGCCGGACUCCUCUUCUCUCCAUCUCAGAUCGGCCUCACUGCCGUCCUCAACAGUGCUGCACGUGCUGGCCUCAAGAUGGAGGCAUAUUUGACCGAAUGCAUGGGGCUUAAGGAGGAUAAAGAGACCCUCUCAAAGAUGUAUGAGUCAAUGAGACGGAUAACUAGCCUUAUUAAAGCAUAUGAGCUUCCCAAAGCUGAGGAGGUCAAUACCUGCAAACAGAAACUGGAAAGGAUUCAUGCUGAAUUUGCUACAAACUUGUUAGGUGGAAGAACAGGGGGCAGGUUACUAAAAGUGGACGCAUGCACCAGCCUUGUGUAAUCUGUCUUCCAAAAUUGAAUCGGUCUCACUGAUCUGCUCAUGUAUCACAUACAAACACUGGUUUGGAGAUACAAGCCAGGAUGCAGCAUCUUGUCAAGCGAAGCAGCUCAGAAGGUAAGAUAGGAAUCUUUAGGAUCUAAGCCUACCUGCAUCUGAAACCGCAGUUGAAAACAGGAAGAGGUUGUGCGGUAGAAUUGAGUGUAGAAAGUUUCUUAAGGCUUGCACCAUAAGUGCGUCUCGCUUCCCUGAUGGUCAAGAGCAAUGCAGUGCCAAAGUUCUUGCUUGCUACAGAUGCCAGUCAGUCUAGGGCUCACGGCUCCCAGGUUGGUUAUACCAGCGGUAUCAAUCGAAGAUCCAAGUUGAUUUUGCAGCAUUUCAGAUUUACA